UCUGAACGUUCAAGAACUCCGUCUGCAUGUCUUUAUUAUCAACAAUAUCGCCACUAAAUAUUCUCUACCACCCUCCGAAUGCAGAUUAACAGGUAUGCCAAAGGAAAAAUAUGAUUCCCCGGAUCCUCGCCGAUUAUACACCAUCAUGUCAGCUGAGGAGGCAGCCAACGGGAAGAAGUCGCACUGGGCCGAGCUGGAGAUAUCAGGUCGGGUCAGAAGUCUGAGCAGUUCUCUGUGGACUCUCACCCACCUGACGGCUCUACACAUCAACGACAACAACCUGAGUCGCAUCCCGCCCGACAUCGCCAAGCUGCCACACCUGGCCUACCUGAACCUGUCGUCCAACAAGCUCCGCAGCCUGCCCGCCGAACUCGGAAACAUGGUGUCUCUCAGGGAGUUGCUUUUAAACAACAAUCUUUUGCGAGUUCUACCUUACGAACUCGGGCGGCUGUUCCAGUUACAAACCCUGGGGCUAAAAGGUAACCCUUUGUCCCAAGACAUCCUCAACCUGUACCAGGAAUCAGACGGAACCAGAAAGCUCUUGAACUACAUGCUUGACAAUCUAGCAGUGCACCCAGAACAGCUCCCCCAGAGACCUUGGAUCACCUUGAAGGAGCAGGACCCAAUGAUCCCUACAGCCAUGUUCACAGUGAUGUGUUACAACGUGCUGUGUGAUAAGUACGCCACUCGUCAGCUGUACGGCUACUGUCCCUCCUGGGCCCUCAACUGGGAGUACAGGAAGAAGGGCAUCAUGGAGGAGAUCACACACUGUGACGCUGACAUCAUCAGUCUGCAGGAGGUAGAGACGGAGCAGUACCACGCCCUCUUCCUGGAGACUCUAAAGGACCAUGGGUACGAGGGGUACUUCUGCCCAAAGUCUCGUGCCAAACUGGUCUCAGAACAGGAGAGGAAGCACGUGGACGGAUGUGCUGUGUUCUUCAAGACUGAGAAAUUUACUCUGGUGCAGAAACACACGGUGGAGUUCAACCAGGUUGCCAUGGCAAACUCUGAGGGUUCAGAGGUCAUGUUGAACAGGGUCAUGACCAAGGACAACAUCGGGGUCGCUGUCCUACUGGAGGUCAACAAGGACAUGUUCUCUGGUGGCAUGAAGCCUCUGCAGGAAACACAGUUCCUUCUGGUGGCUAACGCCCACAUGCACUGGGACCCAGAGUUUUGUGACGUCAAGCUGAUUCAGACCAUGAUGUUCCUGUCUGAGCUGAAGAGCAUCACAGAGAGGGCGCUGAGCUCCGUGGCAACAGGCUCCCCGACCUCCGACCCCUCCUCCAUCCCUAUCGUCCUCUGUGCUGACCUCAACUCCCUGCCAGACUCUGGUGUAGUGGAGUACCUGAGUAACGGUGGCGUAGCAGAGAACCAUAAGGACUUCAGAGAGCUGCGUUACAACGAGGCUCUCAGCAACUUCAGCUGCCAGGGGAAGAACGGCCAGUCUGACGGCAGCAUCACACACAGCUUCCAGCUGAAGAGCGCCUACCAGGGCAGCCUCAUGUCUUACACCAACUAUACGUACGACUUCAAGGGCGUGAUCGACUACAUCUUCUUCUCCAAGACUCACAUGUCUGUAGCCGGCUUGCUCGGUCCCCUGGAGUCUCAGUGGUUAACGGACAACAACAUCACCGGCUGUCCCCACCCCCACAUCCCCUCUGACCACUUCUCUCUGCUCGCCCAGCUGGAGCUCCACCCGCCAGUCACCUCCUCCCUCAACGGCCUGCACCUGCCCGUCCACAGCUGAUGAUCUUCCCUAGGACUUUUUAUGUUUGAACAAGGUCUCCCACUCCCAAACACUGCAAUUACUUCCCCAACUUCAGCUGUACUCCUUCCCCUGCACCCCUCCACAUAUCUAAUUUAAUAUCACAGCCUUUUCUCUCUCAUGAACACAUCCACUCUUACUUUACAUUUGUAUCAAAGUUAGUUUUGUAGAGCACACCUCCAUUUUCUUACUUACAACGUGCCUCGUUUGUACAGUGUACAAUCUCUCCAACAGCAGCACUGCCUAGGAAAAUACGUUUGCGUUUACACAGGCAGAGCAAAUCUGAUCUUUUGCCACUAACUUUUGACCAAUCAGAUCAGAAUUUUUUUUUUUUUUUUUUGCCAAUAAUUGGUCAAAAGAUCAGAAUGGGCUCCCUGUUUCUAAACCCAGCCUGAGUAGCUCAGACUAACCAUGCACCAACAUCUAUCCAUCCAUUCCUCCAUUCCUCCAUUCAUUCAUCCCUCUCUCCAUCCACCCCUUCAUCAUCCAUCUCUCCAUCCCUCCAUCUCUCCAUCCAUCUAUCCCUCCAUCUCUCCAUCCAUCUAUUCCUCCAUCUCUCCAUUCAUCCCUCCCUCCAUUCAUUCAUCCCUCUCUCCAUCCAUCCCUUCAUCAUCCAUCCCUCCAUCAUAUCUCCAUCCAUCUAUCCCUCCAUCUAUCCAUCCAUCUCUCCAUCCAUCUAUCAUCCAUUCAUCCCUCUCCAUCCACCCCUUCAUCAUCCAUCCCUCCAUCCCUCCAUCCAUCCAUCCCUCCAUCUAUCCCUCCAUCUAUCCCUCCAUCUCUCCAUCCAUCUAUCAUCCAUUCAUCCCUCUCCAUCCACCCCUUCAUCUAUCCAUCCCUCCAUCCCUCCAUUCUUUGUCUCUUCUAUCAUCCCCUGUUCCAUCCUCAGAAAGAUGAAGUUAAACGUAGAUGAGGUACAGGGAUGACACAAUGUCACCAGAACUCAUUUCAUACCACUCGGGUCUCCCUUCUGUUGCAAUUCACAUCAAAGUUAACUGAAAUUAUCAUUUGAAAAAAUGGCAUCUAUUUGCAAUGUUUUUCUCAAUAAACUGAAGCUAUUUAUUUGAAAAGUUUUGUUUAUUUUUAAAUGUAAGAAUUCUUUUUCCUGAUUUGAGAUGUUUUUUGACAGGUGGUGCAGUAUUAUGUUGCCUGAUUUAGCUAUGCAUCUGCUUAUAACUUCCAACAUGUUGGUAGGCUAUUUGUUAGUCAACUAUAAUUAGAUACUUGCUCACCAGAAUAAUGUCAUCGACUCAAUAGAAUGAAUGCUUCAGUGUAGUUGACAUCAGUAAACUUUUCUCUGUCAUCUCUGCUUCUUUCGCGGAGCAAAGACGUUCAGGGACCGGGGAUAAAAUGCAAUAACUGGAGAUUUUAAAAAAAAUUCAACGGGAAACGGAUUCUGUGCAGAAUUUCCAAAUUACAUCAGUUUGACCGGUUGAAAGGAAAUGGAAAUCUGUGAAAACAAUCCAACAUAUUUCUGAUAAGAUUUUCGUUCUGCUUGGGUGCGUAUUUGAUGUGGUUGAAAUACUCAAUCAGUUUUUUGUGACGCUGAUAAAGAUGGCCGCUCUACAGAUGGUAUCUAAAUGAUCAUUCGCAUUCUGUCAAGAUGCUGAAAUAAAUCCUAUUUCUCCACUCCCGUUCCAGAGUAAAAAAUGUUGCAUACAUUUGGUUGAUAAUUUUACUGCUAGAUAUGCUAUUUUUUAUUUUGUUUCAGGAGUUCAUAUUAAGGCCCAUGUGAGAGGUUCUAGACCUACAGUCGGUGUCCAGAUUUCAGUGUCCAUUCAACCCAUCGGAACAGUAGGCCACAGUUCCAUUGACGUGACUGUCACAUUGUAUAUAGCGUCUCACAAUCAUCACACGUAACGUAGCCGCCUCUCCUAUCAUCCUCUUUUAACACUUCACCAAAUCUUUCCCAAACAUUACAUUUCAGGCCCUCACUUUGCUUCUCUUUUUUUUUUUUCUUCUUCUUCUUUUUAACAACUCUUUUUAUUUCGCAGCUCUUCUGUCAUUGAAUUAAACUCCGACAUUUGUCUUUUUUUCCCUCCUUGGAUCAACAUGAACUUUUUAUUUUUCUGCCCAUUCCCAAAAGCAUCUGGUGAUUGGCUGUAUGGGCUAUUUGGCCCACUUAGGCCUUAAAGUUUAGGCUUUAUGCACUAAUGCCAGAUAGUGACUCAGUGUAGCAUAUACAUAUAAAUUGAGCAAGAAUUUAUAUAGAGAUUUUCUUAUUUUCUCAAGCCAGCCCACACCCUUCAUCCACUCUAUUGCAUGACCCUAAACUGCCCCCACCCCACUGAUAUAACCGGAAGGACUGCAGGUUAUGAGUCAACCCGUGCGUCACUAGUAGGAAACGAUCAUUGUGGCUUGUCAGCCCCUCGGAGACCACUCUAAACCCCCAGAUGGUUUCAUGUCUACAGCCGGAGGAUCCAACAACUGCUGCACACGUUCCGUUUGCUUCUGAAUGUAGAAGGUUUUGAUUUAAUUUCAAUUGAGUUUUUUUUAUUUGUUCAUUCGGGUCAUAAUUAGGUAGACUUGGCACAGAGUGACUGAAUUGCUAGAGGUUUUGUUAGUAGACAUCUUUUGAAUAGUGAACUCUAGACUUUGGUGAAUAUCACUUGUUCUUUUCAGACCUAAGACACGUUUUUAGAAGAGAAAUGUUAGCAUCUAUAGUAUGUUAAUUCAGGUUUAAAGCUGAUUUGCCAUUGCAAGGUCAUCGUUUCAGUGUGAUUUUUAAAAAGAAAGCACUUUUUAAAUGUGUGUUUGUCUUAGUUUAUCUGACCCUUAUGCAUCUAUCCUAGCCUUCCAUCCUACAUGGUGUACCUAAAACUGGUGGAUUUCAAUGUUUUACCUACAAUCAUAAAACAUAUUUGACACAGAGUGUGGACAGAGGGAUUGUGGUCAAUGUGGUCGUGUCAAUACGUUCAUACUAACCAUGUGAUCAAGGACAAGGAAGUAGACUCUGUAGUGUUUGGGCAAGAAACAAGGCCUAAACUAUGACCAGGAAGUUUGAGAAUGACCUAUGCUCCCCAAAGAGGAAAGGGUUUAAGUUGAGUAAACUACGACCACCCCAGUCCCACCUCCUCCUGGGAGUGUAAUCUGUCAACCAAUCAGAGGUGGAGGGUGCUAACUUUUUGUAUUACUCUGAAAACCGUGUUUUAGUUUUAUGGAUUUAUUGGGGUAAUAAUGUUCACAUAAAAAUAAAAUAUACACGCUCAUCAGCAAUUGUAUAAUUGUCCCUCUUCCUCCUCGGGCAAUAAAAUUGUCAUUUAAAAAAAGUA